AUGUACAACGUUAUCGCAAAAACGAUCAAGGCCGCCAAAGAAUCUGCCGCUCAGUUCCAGGCAAUCAAAGACAACACGACCGCCAAAAUGGAUGCCCUUCCCAUCAAUCAUUUGCAAAUGAAGAAUAUCAAGGCUGCAAGCCCGCGUCUAGUAAAUAUUACCACGGCGCUAUCGUUGAGCAUUGCCCAAGUGAUGAUGAUGCAAGACUUCGAGAAAACUUUCCGCCCGGAAUGGAAGCAUAAGAAGAAGGAGAGUGUCGCGCUGCGUGAGGUAUUCCUGAAGGCAAAGACGAAGGAAAUCGAGAAGAUCCAACGAGACUACAAGAUAGAGACGACGAAGUCAUUGGGCAUUGCCACCCAUGGCAAGGGAGUGGCAACAGCUGAAGUAUCGAUCGAAGGUAGUGCAGCGAAUGUGGGCGAGGACACUGCAGGUGAGAAGGAGGCGACUCGGCACGAAGUGGCAAGACCAGCUGUAGAAGGGCUUCAAUUCAGGCAGACAAUUCAUCUGGGCAAUACCCAACGAAGUCUGUAUGAUAAGUAA